AUUUAAUAAUAAUAUUUUUUACUCUAGUUCAGUGAUUCUUCUUUCAUUUAUUUUGCAUAUAUUUUCUUGCUCUUACACAUUUUUUCUCUAAACUAUAAUUUAUACGAUGUUUUGCUUAUAUCAAUGUAUGUCUUUAAUGAUUAGAGCGCUUAAUCUCUCCACUUUCAGCUAGUUGAUUUUUCAAAUGAUUCACUCUGAUCUUUAGCAAAUUCCUCUCUUUUAUUACUUUGUUGAUCCUAUUGAAUAUUUUUCUAGAAUACUUGACACAGUUUAUUGAAAAAAAGUAACAUAUGGCAGCCAAUCGAGUAACUUACAACGUGGGAACUUCUAAUAAAUUCGCCGCUUUUUAUGACGACACUGACCCUGAAAAGCUAACACGUAACUCCUGCGCAGGAUCUACAAAAUUCUUUCCAGCUUCCAAAGGUCAAAUUCCUGAGGAACUGUACGACGUGACAGUAAAUAGCGUUCAAUUGAAUAGUCACCCGGUGAAUACAAAUACUACUCCGGUAGUUCAAAUGAACUCACCAAGCACCGUAAACAGCUUGAAUACUGUGGUGAGCACUGUCAACAGUGUGAGUAGUGUGAACGCUAAUAGUGCGGUGAGUAACGCUCCAGUGUAUACGGAUGAUAACAUAUUUGAUACCAGGGCUAAGGGUAGGAGGCCGAGUCGUCGUUUCCGUGGAAACCCUAACGGGCCACGUCGUUUUGAUCGCGUUAGUGGCACUGGUCGCGGUCGCGAGCUCAAGAAACAGGGCGAGGGAGGACACAACUGGGGGAGUGUUUCAAAACUAUCUAAUGAACCCCUAGAAGACGAUCAACUCAACGAGUCACUCAAUAACCUCACUCUAAACGGUAAUAACAAUUCUAAAGGGGGUGACACAAAGGUGCAUAAGGACGAGGAGAAAUCCAAGUCUAAGAGAGACGAUAAGAAGAAGAGUGACAUGAUGGAUUAUGAAUCUUAUAAGUUGUUGCAGCAAUCGAAGAGGACGAACUUGCCAACGUUUACUGUGAAUGAUGACGUGAAGGUUUCAACCGACCAGGAGCUCCAGAACGACGGCUACGUGAAGUACGUCAAGAAGGUUGAGGACAACAAGUUGGUGGAGAAGGUCAAGGUCAUCAACUCUCACGCGAACAGUAACCCACUCAACGUACUUCCCAACCACCCCUCCUCUUUCAGGGAUCGAAAAUCAUCUAAACCUAAACAAAAACUCACCAAAUCCGGAGGUAGAAUCAGAGUAAAGGCGCCAGAUUUGGCAGAUUUAAAACUUUUUCCAUGUCUCGACUUAAAGUCCUAAUCUCAUAUACAUACU